AUGACAAUUCACCAACGAAAUCAAAGCAACAUUCCCAUUGACGGGAUCUUUACCACUUCAGGCGUUCCGGUUCUGGCUGGUGGCUACUACGCAUUUGGUGAAUUUGUUGAAGCAGACCACAGGGCACUAUGGAUUGAUAUCGACUUGAACACGGCUUUGGGCAAUUUCACACCCCAGGGGUCUACCUUUCAACCUCGCAAACUAACUCUUUUGGACAAGCGGUCGGUUAGACGCUAUCUUCAACUGGUCCACUUGGGCUACGUGGAGUAUGACAUCCCUUCCCGCCUUACCAAGCUAAAUCAGCGCACUGGAUCCAAUGAGCGACAGAUGUCACCCUCGUUGGCACGCAAAUAUAACUGCUUUCACCGGCAGAUGUUUAUGGUACGGCGGCUUGCUGAAGACAAUUGUUGCACUACCUCAUCCGGUAAGGUUCCGUGGUCUCCAAAGUUGCAAGGAUUUUGGGACCGAUUGAGUCUUUGGAAGCUCCUCCUUAAAGGAUGCAAGCGAUGCCGUGUGAGCGCCCAAAAGGUCCGGCGCCUGAUGAAGAAGACAAGGCUGCGCGACGCAUGGAAGAAGACAACUGAUGAAUUGGAAGAGGCAUUGGCAGCUGAACGCAGGGCGUAUAAGCAAGCCAAAUGUCAGGCAACCCAAUUGAGACAGGACUUUCUUACGGCUCAGACAAGGGAUGCAAAGAAGAAGAAAUGGAAAUCCCAGAAGGCCCACAAUAGAUUCCUUCGGUUUUGA